UUACUCACUCCGCGCCAUGGUGCUGUCAUCAUCAUUAAAUUCAAACGGUGCGCUCAGUUGUGCUCAGUGCUCGUCUGGAUGUCAGAUGCAUUGUUUUGAAAAUGUUGAGGUUUCUGUGGACUCUGCGGCGAGAUCUGCGUCCGUCAGUGCACAGGCUGCGAACCUGUAAUCGCUCGCUUUCCAGUGAUGACUCGUCCCAGCCGUCGCCGUCGCCGUCGCCACCAAAGAAGCGCUCCUUGCCACCACUUAUGGACUUCCCGGAGUUGGUAUGGCCGACAGUGUUCAAGUCCAUGAAGAACUGGAUCAUGGUGAACUUCAUCAUCCGGCCGUACUUCGAUCGUGACUUCAGCAUGCCAGACUUCGUGCAGGGCGCCAAGCACGCCCUCCACGUCGUGUCCGGCAAACUGUCUGAGGGUGACACGGUCGGACUGUCCGACUGGGUGGCUCAAGAGUGUGUGGGUGAGCUGAACAACUCCCUCCGCGGCAUGUCAGUGGCGCAGAGGCACGAGAUUCGUGUGAUCAAGGAGGACGUGUACUUCUCCUUUCCCUACCAAGUCGGCGUGAUCUUCGACGAGGGCAGCAGCGAUGCUCAGAAGCGCUGGGUGGAGAUCACGAUGAUCUUUCAUGCCCUGCGCGGUCUGCGUGAUAUGCAGGAACGCGGAGAGUCACCACCGAUCAACUUAGGAGUAAUGCCAGAGUACAGAGGAAGGAUCUCCAUUUGCAACUAUAGAUUCAUCAAGGAAUUCACCAAGGGCAGCGAAUCCGACUGGACAGUAAACAUUGUAAACCACUUCAAGCCCAGCGACAUGCUGGAAGAGUAAAAGACGGGCUGUAAAUAAAGCGUAGACUGUUUAUAUAUAAUUAUG